AUGACGCUCAUGAGCAAAACGAAACCCACCUUCCUCGCACAGAGGACUAUGCAGUCCGGCUCUCACGCCGUUGCUCGCACCCGUGCCCUCAAACUCUACAGAUCCUGGCAGCGAGAAGCGCCUGAGAUCGUCUCUCUAUACCAGUUGGACCUGCCUCUCUCCGUUGUGCGAUCCAAGAUCCGCGCAGAGUUCGAGAAGCAUCGUUUCGUUCAGGAUCUACCCGUCAUCGACAUGCUUCUGUUCAAGGGCCACUCAGAAUACCAGGAGACUGCAAACUUCUGGAAACAAAAGACCCACGUUAUGAGAUACUUCAUGGAGGAAGAGUCCCCAGCACGCCGUUUGCCAGAUACUUUCUUGGGCAGGUUCCUGGAAGGAAAGAACUGA